AUGGUCUCUUUUGUUUCUAUUAGUACGGGAGUUUUCUUCGUUUCUAUCGUGCUAAUCGGGACAUCCCAUGCUGUCCCUCCUCUAUCUGAAGCACCCUCCCAUUUGUCUCAAGAUAGCGCAGGAAAUCCUGGGAACAUCACUCUCCCAUCGUUCAUUGCUAGUCGUACACAGGUGUCGGGAAUCGAUUAUACCGGUAUGGUUCAACGCGGUGACAUUAAGACUUUGAAUAGAAUGAUAUUAGAUCUUCCAGAAAAUAUUCGUGCUGCAAGCGAAAAGAAUCUUCAAAGUCGAUUAGACGCGAAUCUAGGUAACUCAAUGAUCCUAGCAUCCCCAAGCCAGUUAACGGAUCAUAAAUACUACGCUGGUAUUGCUGCCACUGCCUACUGUCGCGCGGUUACAGGUCUCGGACUUUGGACAUGCAAAAACUGUCAAACUUUUGUCCCUGAUGGUCAAAUGGUUUACAGAUUCAAUACCCCUGUUCAUGAUACUACUGGUUUUAUUUUAAAAAGUGAUAGCCAGAAGACAAUUAAUCUCGUUUUCCGUGGAACAAAUUCCCUUCGUCAAACAAUCCUUGAUCUGGUUAUGAUCAAAAAAGAUUAUACGCCUGCCUUUGGUACUCAGGUACACGCAGGCUUUUAUAACUCCUUUUUGGAAGUUGCAGAUGAAUAUUUCCCUUACCUUCAACGAGAAAUCAUUCUUCAUCCAGAUUACAAGGUUGUUGUUUCCGGGCAUUCUCUUGGUGGUGUUCAAGCAUUAUUUGCUGCCUUAGAUUUGUAUCAACGUGAUAGUCGAUUUAAUACCAAGAACCUAAGCGUAUAUACUGUUGGAUCCCCCCGAGUCGGUGAUGCUAAUUUUGCAAACUACGUUAAGAGUACUGGAAUUCCAUAUUAUCGUUCUGUACAUGAUAGAGAUGUUGCUCCUCAUGUUCCCGCCCAAGAAUUAGGAUACCUCCACGCUGGUAUCGAAAUUUGGGAUUUGCCUGGCUAUGGUGCUCACAUUUGUACUUCAGAACUCGAGAGUCCUUACUGUUCUAACUCUAUUGCGCCUGCUACUCACAUAUUAGAUCAUCUUACUUAUUAUGGUAUUAAUGAAGGGCUCUGUCUUUAA